AUGAAAUCCGAAGACGAGGCAAUGAGCCAACUCGCGGCGAUGAUCUGCGGCGAUGAUGAUGAUGAUGAAAAAGACCACAAGCCUUUAGCCAGUCUCGCAACCCCGCAUAAACAUGACCCCGUUCAAGCGAUUCUCGCAGGAGCAGGCGUGGAAUACACCCACCUCAACAAUGAAGUGAUCGGUUCCUCGCGUGUCGAGGAAGACCUCAGUCGUCGUGCUGAACUGGCUCCAAAUGACACGACAAGUGACCGCCAGGUCUUCAUGUCCUCGCAGCCUUUCUCUCAGCCGGCAGAGGACCCUAUGCGGUUCAAAUAUCAUCCUCCGGAGGAUGUCAUACGUCGCCAAUUCUGUAGUAUGGCGCGGCGGUUUGGAUACGCCGAUGCUACGGAGUUUGCGCUCGUUGUCGAGGGCAUGACCCAGGCGCAGCGGAGAGCUUGUCUCGACCAGUGGUAUGGAGAGAGGAGGGAGAUACUACUUUCUUCGGACGAGAACACUCUUAAAGAGGAGUUGAUCAAAGACGAACAGUUUCCUAAGGAGAUGGAUGUUAAAGAUGAACGGAUCAAAGAUGAGAAGGGCCCCAAGGGGGAGAGUCCCGGUCUUUGA